GAACGGUUGUGGCUCUCGGCGCGUCCUUUGCAUCCGCUCGUCCGUUCGCGUUCCACCAUUCGCCCCGGACCGUUCUACGAACUCUCCGUGUUCCACGACAGUGUGUGUGGUCCCAGGAUCUCGUCCACCCGACACGGUUCGAACGCUAUAAAAACGCAGCUCGAUCCGGGAGUGACACGAAGUUCCAUCGAUCGAUCUUCCACGAUUUCUCAAGUGUCACCGUCCGCAGAUCGACGCAACGCGGACUGCCGAAACGAUAGCAACUGGUGGCCACCGGAGGACCGGCCAGGAUUCGAUCCGCGAGGGAGAGGAUCGGAGGAUCGGUCGCGAGUGCACGCGGAGACUUCGACGACUGGAGCGAGGAUGUCGCGCUGCGCGGACCACCCUGACUGUCGUUGUCACCGUGUACCGGUACGGUGACGACGAUCCCUUUGCUCUGCGAUUCUACGCCGAGGCACGCGUGUACGCGAUUAUCCUUCCUGAAACAAUUUCCGCGAACAGACUCGAUUCCCCGAGUGUAAUUGUUUAGUAUUCAACCAGAAAUCCUAGAUAUUAUACAAUAGCAAUAUCAUAGUAUGUUCGAAUGAAGAUAUUCUGAAAUCCUGUAAAACAGUGUUAUGAUCGUGAACAGGGAAGAGGUCGAUGGUUUCGUAGCAAAGACACGGUCUAAUCGUUUGGAAAAGUGUUUAAUAGUUUUUAUGGGAAGUGAUCGUCUCUCGGACGAUGGUACGAGGUAUGGCAAUGAGUAAUUCGAUGUCCAGUGCGAGGAAGAGCGUGUGAUUAAUAGAAGAACCAUCGGAAGGGAAGCGAUUGUUCAUGAAAGUGCCGAUCCCAAGGAUAGUGUGAGCGUGACCGAGACGCCCGUGGGAAGCUGUACCAAUCCUGGAUUAACGCACGCCGGAAAUCGCAGAAUGGAGGACGUAGUGACUGUCGUGAGCACGAGCACCCCGAGUACGAAUACGGUCCAUCCCGGUGUGAACGACAUGGACUGGUUCGCCGGCGUCGCUGAGGAAGAGCUGUUGUACUACACGGGCGUCGGGAACGACGUCGACUCCCUUUGGGCUGUGAUCGGGAGUUUCGUACCGCCACCACCUAGACCGCCUUAUUUACCAGAGGAGGGUGUCACCCCCGACGGACUUACCACCUGCGAUUUAUGUUCCUGGGCGUGGAGAAACGACAGGCAUUCGUUCUCUCUCGACGGCACCCUCGAAGCUCCUGGAGAACUUGGAUGGGUGUUGACUCUAGUGAUAGUCUCUUUAGUGUCCGCUGGCAUCGGCGCAGUGAUCAUGGUGACGCUCCUCCACUGUCGAAGAUUAAAAAGCGCCGGCGGCAGAGCGAGUUGCUGCAGCGUCGGCGUCGAGGACCCGAACGUACAAGAAGCCGGCAGUCCAGGUGGUGGAGGCGGAGCUGGCGGCGGAGUAGCCGUUAUACCCGACCGGCCGCCUCUCGAGCUCGAUAAGCUGCCACCUUAUCAUGACGUCGCUCCGAGCCCUGGGCACAAUGUGUGGUCGUGGUUAGGCUCGCGACGCGGCGGUGGUACACCGGGAGUCGUCACGACGCCCCUGUCGCUUCCGCAACACAGACGGGCGAUGAAUCUCCCCGUGGAGAACCACUACACCCACAUGCAAACGGACGAGGCGCUAUACGCGGAACUGGACUCUCAGGCCGCGAGCUACGCGAGCGAUCUCCAGCUACAAAUGAGAGGAAGCUCGACGUACGGUACAACUUCCGGCGGGCAGGACGACGAAUACCACGAGCUGGACGCCGCGAGGUUACAUCGUCAUUACGGCGGUAGCAACGGGGACGGGUCCUUGCAGAGGGACACGCUUCGUACGCGGCACAGUAAAAGGUUACAAGAACCGGAUUACGAGAUGUACGAGAACGGGCCGUCGACGCCGGUGCCGCCGGGUCAGAUGCAACAUCAUCAUCACCACCAUCACCAUCACAAUCACCACCAUCAUCACCAGGAGCUGCGAAUGGGCAGCAGGAACGGCGAUCACCCGUCCUACCAAAACACCGCGUAUACCGGAAGCGACGCGGAACCGGACGGUCCAACUUUGAGUAGCGCACCGAGCAGCGCUUACUACAGCGAUCUAAGCUCGAAUUCGGCGAAUCAACAGAUGCCCGCAGCAGCGGCCGCAGCGUCAUCCGGUAGCAACACGAAUCUCCAUUUAAAUCCGCAGGGCCUGGAAACGCCUCAGUAUCGACUGGCAGCGAUCAACGAGAGUUCGGUGCCGUCGGAUUAUAUUUAGAACGAAAUUCGUGAACUAUAGUGACGAGUGAGAAAAACUGUGGAUCUUGUGAACGAAGUGCCCUUUCUUUAAUUACGACUCCAAUGUACGAUCGUGAUAGUGAAGGAUCUAAGUUCCCGGUGACAAUCGAAACUCAGGAAUACUUGUAUAGGAUUGUACAGUCCGGAGGAUUGUUCCAUUAUUUUCCUAUACUGAAUCGUCAGAUAACAUAGAGGAUGAAGGAGAUAGAAGAAACUUUGUAUAAAUUCAUUUUGUUCCCGGUGUCCAAAAUCGUAGUGCCAUAAAUAUCCUCUAUUGUAAUUCCAACGACUUUAAAAAUGUAAUUAUUCUUCUAAUUAUCUAUUGUCUUUGAAUAUGCAUCGUCGCAUAAAAGAACAAGAGAAAAAUCCUCGUAUUUCGUAAACAAUGUAUUCUAUUAUAUAAACAUUUCAUAUCGCAUUUACAGUAGCCUCCAAAGUUCUCCUCUCAGGGAAUCACCGUCCGCAAAUAACUAGCCUGCAAGUGUACUUAUCUUCGAUGCAUCAAAUAAUGAGCGACUAAAGAGCCAAAUUGAUCGAUCAAUCGAAUUAUUGUUUAAAAUAAUUAAUGGAAGAAUACAUGAAAUUGUACAGAUUAUCUUUUAAAAAUCAGAUUCUAACAAAAGAACGUAGCUAAUCA